AUAAAGGCCGCCGUCUCCUUUGUUCGCCCUCAUUGCGCAGUUGCGAUCGGCCGCGGCCGGGGCUGGAGGGCCUUCGGAGGAUUCCCCUAGGGGCUGCGGGGAUGUAAGGCCGGCCUGUGGUUUCUCCUCCAUCUAAUGAACCGAGGCGGCGGGCGCCAUUUUAGGCACCCGAAGGCGCCCACUGACUGUGUGCAGCUGAACGCGGACGGAGGAAGAUGAGCUGGCGAUUCCUGGAGGACAGGGAGCCCAGAGCCUUCUACGGCCGAGCGAGCUCUGGUUACAACACCGUCAAAAUGGUCGAGGCAGACCGCCCGGGGAAGCUGUUCAUUGGCGGGCUCAAUACAGAGACUAACGAGAAGGCUCUUGAGGCCGUUUUUGGCAAAUAUGGCCGCAUCGUGGAAGUUCUCUUGAUGAAAGAUCGUGAAACCAACAAAUCCAGAGGAUUUGCCUUUGUCACCUUCGAGAGCCCAGCGGAUGCCAAGGAUGCUGCCAGAGACAUGAAUGGAAAGUCUUUAGAUGGAAAAGCAAUUAAGGUGGAACAAGCCACCAAACCAUCAUUUGAAAGUGGUGGUAGACGUGGGCCACCACCUCCUCCAAGAAGCAGAGGCCCUCCAAGAGGCCUUAGAGGUGGAAGAGGAGGAAGUGGAGGAGCAAGGGGGCCACCUUCACGUGGAGGGCAUAUGGAUGAUAGUGGAUACUCCCUUAAUUUCAACAUGGGUUCUUCCAGAGGCCCACUACCGGUAAAAAGAGGCCCACCACCACGAAGUGGGGGUCCGCCUCCUAAGAGAUCUGCUCCAUCAGGACCAGUUCGCAGCAGCAGUGGAAUGGGAGGACGAGCUCCUGUCUCGCGUGGAAGAGAUAACUAUGGAGGGCCACCACGGAGGGAACCGAUGCCAUCCCGGAGAGAUGUUUACAUGUCACCUAGAGAUGAUGGCUACAGCACUAAAGACAGUUACUCUAGCCGGGACUAUCCGAGUUCCCGUGACACCAGAGAUUACGCCCCACCCCCGAGAGACUACGCAUAUCGCGAUUAUGGCCAUUCCAGUUCCCGUGAUGAAUACCCAUCUAGAGGAUAUAGUGAUCGAGAUGGCUAUGGUGGUGGGCGUGAUCGAGAUUAUUCGGACCAUCCAAGUGGAGGUUCCUACCGCGAUUCCUACGAGAGUUAUGGUAACUCACGUAGUGCUCCACCUGCUCGAGGGCCCCCGCCAUCUUAUGGUGGAAGCAGUCGCUAUGACGAUUACAGCAGCACACGAGACGGAUAUGGUGGAAGUCGAGAAAGUUACUCAAGCAGCCGAAGUGAUAUCUACUCAAGUGGUCGGGAUCGCGUUGGCAGACAAGACAGAGGGCUUCCCCCUUCUAUGGAUAGGGGGUACCCUCCUCCACGAGAUUCCUACAGCAGUUCAAGCCGCGGAGCACCCAGAGGUGGUGGCCGUGGGGGAAGCCGAUCUGAUAGAGGAGGAGGAAGAAGCAGAUACUAAAACAAACAAAACAAACAAACAAACUCAAACCUAAAACUUUUGGACCAAAAUUCCUUUUCAAAGAAGCAAAAGUGAAAAGUGGAACUUGUCCUAUCUUUCCUACAAGAGGACUACUAUAAGGAAACGUUGUUUUUACCUUUUUUUAUUGUUGCCUGUUAAGUUCUCCUCCAUGAUUUUUAUGCUCUUGUGAGGAAAAAGUUAACACCAAUGUUUAAUUUCGUUUCAGAAUUGUUAUUUCUUUCAAAAAGCAGAUGUUAAAUGUAAUGCAAUUUGAGCUGUGUACUAGUGUUGUAACUUUCACAAAGUAAAAGUUUCCCUGAAAUGCCACUUCCCAUCUGACUUUCAUGACGAAUGAGACGAGCAGCCCUAAGACCUUCCACACAUCAUCUAGCCAUCUAAAAAUGGAGCUCGAUCGUUCUGCCUAUUGAAACUCAUUUAAAAGCCAGUUAGUUGACAGGCUUGGAGGGAGGUUUUGGGGGGGCAUGAUCAGAUUUCAAGCUGUCCUUUUUGAAGCUGAAAUCUACACAAGAUUCCCACUUAAAUUCUUCAAAUGCGUAGAUUAGGAAAAAAAACCAAACAAACCAGAAUUCCUGUUCCUGUCACCCAGUAAACCUGAAACAGCAAAUGGAGAGUGCUGACUAUAUUCUGCCUUUCUGCCAUUUCAUUGGGAAUCUGCAAGAACCGUCCCCCAAAUAAAUCAUUUACAUGUAUUAGAGAACUACAGAAUUCUAUAAAUUGAGAGGUUUGACCAGUUCCAACAACGAAGCUGCAAAACGAUGCUUGCUCUUACUGUUUCAAAUUUUUGCAACUCUGUAGUGUCUCACUUUUAAAGGAACAGCUUGAUUCCAAGGGCAAAGGAGAAAAUAGAUAAGCAAAGAAGUAUUUAUCUCCAACUUCUCAAAGGCUUAUGACUUCUAAAAACAAGUGACUAUUUCAGCCUUCCACAACAGAUUUAAAGCAUCAAAUGCCUGUGAAACAGCAAAAGAUGGUUGAACAAACUGCCAGGAGGGCCGAGAUAAGAUGCUGACUUGAUAGAACCAGAGGCAGUAGCAGUUAAGUCAUGAGAGGUGCUAGAAGAAAGAAGCAGAACAUACUGGAUUAUCAUCGAUUGUCAUAGCAGUUGCGUUGGUUUGUGCCAGGAUAAAGUUCAUACAUUGGCUGUCUUUACACUUUCCCAGGGUAGGCACCAGGAUCAAUUAACAGUUGUACUCUAAAUAGAAUUCCCUAGUCACCCAAAUACUUCCAGUGGAAGGAGAACGAGAAUGUCUUCCCAGAUCCUGAGGAUGUCAUUUACUUGGUUUGAUAGAGGAUAUUGUCAGACUUUAUUAAAUGAGGAGACAAGUCUUCCCAUUCGGCUCUACAAAGUCUUAGUCCCUGCGUGGGGAUUGAUAAUUCCGGACUGGUUCUGAGGAGCAGUAACCUCUCCUCAAAAGAAAAGUCCACGUAGGUCAUCUGGGGACCUUGGCUGAAGUGUCUUCCAAAAAAAGAGAGCAACCAUGUGGCCUGAGAAAGUAGUUUUUGUGGGUUUCUGCAGUAUACUCCAAGCCUGGAGUAUUACCGGGUAGAUGUGAGGAGAGAAACUAUAAGUGAUGCUUUCCGUUAUCUAUUGCAAUGACCCCAAACCUGUUAAAUCUGGUAAUUAGUCGUGACCCUGGAUGAAUUCUCAUCAGCCUUACCAGUUUUUCCAAAGCUUAAAACUUUGGAUGCAAUUCAUAACUUAGUAGCUCACAUCUCAUUCUGCAGGAAUGGGUUGUCCUCGUUAUUUUUUGAAAGGGGUUCUCUGUAGAAUUCCGAUACACUGGUUUGAGUGAAGUCUUUUUAAAAAUUUAACUUCACCCGUCACUUGCGGCUCAGGCAAACUGCAUCAGGCUGAUCCUGAGCAUUGAAUAGGUAAUGGAUUAAUGUAAACGGCUAAUGUGGGAGGGAAAUCCUUAAGGUGGAGGGGCUCCUUGAGCAGAGGUAGCUUAAUGCAGUUGCUGAAUGUUGCUGGUAAGUACAAAAUGCUUGGGUUUCAAGCUACACUACUGGGGAAUGCUAUGAGGCAUUUUUGCAUCAAAUCAGGAACAUACACUCAGCCCAAACACACAGGGAAUGUGUGCACAUUUUAUAUAAAAUUAAUGACAUUGAAAUCUU